CGUUCUGGCCGGCCGCUCCAUGCUGCGCCCCCUGCUGGAGAAGCCCAGAAAAACAAGCUCUUGGACCCAAGAUGGCGGCGGGAGGCGGACAGCAGCGCGAGGAGAGGUUCUAAUCCGGACCGAACCAGACUGGGUCCACAAGGAGGCGCCAUGCUGUGAGGCCGGGAGGAGGAAGAGGAGAUGGCAGCGGAGCUGUUCUCCACCAGCCUUCCUCACGGCGAGGAGGAGGAGGAGGAGGAAGAGGAGGAGACGAAGAGGAGCUUCAUCCAGCUGAGCGAGGCGAAGGAGUCGGCUGAUCGCCAUGACGACCGCAUCGCCGCUCCCUCCAACAACAACGGCGAGGAGGAAGAGGAGGAGGAAGAGGAGGAGGACGGCGAGGAGAGGCCCGGCUGGCAGGCCCACCCCACCCUGAGAGAGAGGAACGCUCUGAUGUUCAACAACGAGCACAUGGCAGACAUCCACUUCAUCGUGGGUCCACCAGGAGAAACCCAGACGGUCCCGGCCCAUAAGUACGUGCUGGCAGUGGGCAGCUCCGUGUUUGGAGCCAUGUUCUACGGAGACCUGGCAGAAGGACAGGCGCAGAUCCACAUCCCAGACGUGGAACCAGCAGCGUUCCUCACCCUGUUAAAGUACAUGUACAGCGAUGAGGUGGAGCUGGACGCCGACACGGUGCUCGCCACGCUCUACGCCGCCAAGAAGUACAUCGUGCCGGCGGUGGCGAAGGCGUGCGUGGGCUUCCUGGAGACGAGCCUGGAGGCGAGGAACGCCUGCGUGCUGCUGUCGCAGAGCCGGCUCUUUGAGGAGGCGGAGCUAACGCAGCGCUGCUGGGAGGUCAUCGACGCCCAGGCCGACCUGGCGCUGCGCUCCGACGGCUUCUGCGAGAUCGACCGGCCCACGCUGGAGAUCGUCCUGCAGAGGGAGACGCUCAACGUCCGCGAGGCGGCGGUGUUCCAGGCGGCGCUGAGCUGGGCGGCGGCGGAGUGCCGGCGGCAGGGCCUGGCGGUGACGCCGCGGAACCAGCGCGCCGCCCUGGGGAAGGCCCUCUACCUGCUCCGCAUCCCCUCCAUGUCUCUGCAGGAGUUCGCAGACGGGCCGGCGCAGUCGGACGUGCUGACUCUGACGGAGACCCACAACAUCUUCCUGUGGUACACGGCCACCAACAAACCCCAGCUGGACUUCCCCGUGGGGAAGCGGGUGGGACUGGCGCCGCAGCGCUGCCACCGCUUCCAGGCGUCCGCCUACCGCAGCAACCAGUGGCGCUACCGGGGGCGCUGCGACAGCAUCCAGUUCGCCGUGGACCGGCGGAUCUUCAUGGCCGGGCUGGGCCUGUACGGCUCCAGCGGCGGGAAGGCCGAGUACAGCGUGAGGAUCGAGCUGAAGAGGCAGGGGACCCUCCUGGCCCACAACCUCACCAAGUUCCUGUCGGACGGAUCCAGCAGCACCUUCGCCGUCUGGUUCGAACACCCGGUCCAGGUGGAGCAGGACACCUUCUACACGGUCAGCGCCGUGCUGGACGGCAACGAGCUCAGCUACUUUGGACAGGAGGGCAUGACGGAGGUGCAGAGCGGGAAGGUGACCUUCCAGUUCCAGUGCUCCUCAGACAGCACCAACGGCACCGGCGUGCAGGGCGGCCAGAUCCCAGAACUGAUCUUCUACUGCUGAACCCGGGUGGUGGUUCUGGUAGAUUCUGGUGCUAAACGUGUUGGCAGAAAUAGUUCUGAUAGAUUUAGUAGUUCUGGUUCUGGUUGAAGUGUUUCAAUCAUUAAAGUUUGUGUGACUGAAAGUCAAAA